AUGGAUGACCUCUUCGAUGGCGCUGUCGGUAUUGAUCUCGGUACCACAUACUCAUGUGUUGGUGUCUGGCAGAACGACCGAGUAGAGAUCAUCGCCAACGACCAGGGUAACCGGACGACACCGUCCUAUGUCGCCUUCUCUGCUGAAGAGCGAUUGAUCGGUGACGCCGCAAAAAAUCAAGCCGCCAUGAACCCUCGUAACACGGUUUUCGAUGCUAAGCGGCUCAUUGGUCGUCGUUUCGAUGAUCCCGAUGUGAAGAAGGACAUCCUCCACUGGCCUUUUGAGGUUGUGGAGAAGGACGGAUCUCCUCUGAUCAAGGUCAACUACCUUGGCGAGGACAAAACUUUCAGCCCCCAGGAAAUCUCAUCCAUGGUCCUCACGAAGAUGAAAGAAAUCUCCGAGGCUAAGCUCGGCAAGACCGUGAAGAAGGCCGUCGUCACCGUCCCCGCAUACUUCAACGACUCUCAACGUCUCGCUACCAAGGAUGCUGGUGCUAUUGCUGGUUUGGAGGUCCUCCGUAUCAUCAACGAGCCCACGGCCGCCGCCAUUGCUUACGGUUUGGACCGUCAAAGCAAGACCGAGAAGAACGUCUUGAUUUUCGAUCUUGGCGGUGGAACUUUCGAUGUGUCUCUUCUCAACAUCAGCGGUGGCGUGUUUGCCGUCAAAGCUACCGCCGGUGACACUCACUUGGGUGGUGAAGAUUUCGAUAACACCCUCCUUGAGCACUUCAAGAAUGAGUUCAAAAGGAAAUCAAAGCUCGAUAUCUCAGAAGAUGCCCGUGCCCUUCGUCGUCUGAGGAGUGCUUGCGAGCGUGCCAAGAGGACUCUUUCCAGCGUCGCGCAAACUACCGUCGAAGUCGACUCCUUGUUCCAGGGUGAGGACUUCUCUGCCAACAUCACGCGGGCUCGUUUCGAGGAGAUCAACGCUGCGAUGUUCAAGUCCACUCUUGACCCCGUCGAGAAGGUCUUGAAGGAUGCCAAGAUGCCCCGUGAGAAGGUCGACGACAUCGUCCUUGUCGGUGGUUCCACGCGUAUCCCUAAAAUCCAGGCCCUCGUUUCGGAGUACUUCGGAGGCCGUCAGCUCAACAAGUCUAUCAACCCCGACGAAGCUGUUGCAUACGGCGCUGCCGUCCAAGCUGCUGUCUUGACUGGCCAGACAUCCGAACAAACCAAGGAUCUCCUACUUCUCGACGUCGCUCCUCUGUCGCUCGGUGUUGCCAUGCAGGGUGACGUCUUCGGUGUUGUCGUACCUCGCAACACCCCCAUUCCUACCAACAAGUCCCGGACAUUCACUACAGUCGAGGACAACCAAACCACUGUCACUUUCCCUGUUGUCCGUGACAACAGGUUGCUUGGAGAGUUCGAGCUUACUGGCAUUCCUCCUAUGCUGCGGGGUCAAGCCGAGCUGGUUACUACCUUCGAGGUCGAUGCCAACGGUCUCUUGAAGGUCUCUGCUCAGGAUCGUGCAUCUGGCCGCAAAGCCUCAAUCAGUAUCACGAACUCCGUCGGCCGUCUAUCCUCCGCUGAAAUCGACCAAAUGAUUAAAGACGCCGAGCAAUUCAAGAUGGCUGACAAAGAGUUCUCUGCUCGCCACGAAGCCAAGUCGGAUCUUGAAGCUUACAUUCAUCAAGUCGAAGGCACCAUCACCUCACCCGAAAUUGGCAUGAAGCUUAAGCGGGGUGCUAAGUCGCAGGUGGAAGCUGAAUUGGCUAGGGCGCUUGAGAAGUUAGAGAUUGAGGAUUCUACCGCCGAUGAGCUGAAGAAGGCGCAGCUCGGUAUUAAGCGGGCCUUGCAAAAAGCCACCGCCGGCAUCCGGUGAGCUCCCCAAAAAAUAGGCAGUUGUAUUGUGUUCUCGAUGUUUGCAUUUACAUAACUUUUUUUACUGAACUUCAUUGUCGCGUCGCAUGCUUGAUGAUGGUCUAUCGAUAUCAGUGUAAUUUGUAUAAAUAUCGCUGAGAAAUAGCUCAAUCUAGGUAUACAGUAGACAAAAAUAAUCAAGCGCACAGGAAGACUUAUGAGACAGCUUUAUUGA